CCCAAGGUCUCUUCCAGUUCUAUUCUAUUAAAAAAAAAAGUUAGUGCAGAAUUCAGGAUAAUUUGUAAAGUUCAGAAGGAAGGCCAAAACAAAACAGCUGCAAUGAGAAAAUCGCUGUUCAUGUGUGUGUUCUGAUUCCUUUUGAAAGCUAUGUUUUUGUGCAAUUCGGUUUACCAUACUUAAGAAAACUCUAACAGGCCACGCUCCCUUUUUUGGAACUGGAGUUUUUUAAAACGGAUUAUGGUAUCUCUAUUUUUAUAAUUCUCUGUAGUAUAGGUCUCGCUUAGUGACGUUGCGCAAAAGGCGUACCCCUGCGGCUCUACAGACUAGCCGCCAUUUUGUUUGAGGUACGUCAGCGUACGCGAUCGGCUUAUCGCAACGUUCAUUCAAUUUAAGAUCCGAAACUGGGGGAAAGGAUAGAGCGGCUAUGUCUGCUUUCUCAGAAUCGGCGCUGGAGAGGAAAUUGUCGGAGCUAAGCAAUUCUCAGCAAAGUGUCCAGACACUGAGCCUGUGGCUCAUCCAUCACCGAAAACAUUCACCGCUCAUUGUCACCGUCUGGGAGCGCGAACUGCGCAAAGCCAAAUCAAACAGGAAGCUAACUUUUUUGUAUCUGGCUAAUGAUGUUAUUCAGAAUAGCAAAAGAAAAGGACCAGAGUUUACAAAAGAUUUUGCACCUGUCAUAGUGGGAGCUUUUAAACACGUAUCGAGUGAAACUGAUGAUAGCUGCAAAAAGCAUCUGGGCCGUGUGCUAUCUAUUUGGGAAGAAAGGUCUGUUUAUGAAAAUGAUGUAUUGGAACAACUUAGACAAGCUUUGUAUGGAAACCCAAGGAAACGCACAUAUGAGCAGAUAAAGAUUGAAAAUAAUUGCUCUGCACAAAGCUCUCCAUGUGAUCCUCCCCAGACGAUGGAUCUUAUAAGAGCAUUACAAGAAUUAGAAAAUGCAACCUCUGGAGAUGCAGCAGUUCAUCAGAGGAUAGCCUCAAUACCUCUAGAGGUUCAAGAUGCAACUUUGCUUAACAGAAUCACAGACAAAGAAUCAGGAGAACAGCUUUCCAAGAUGGUAGAUGAUUCAUGUAUGUUGCUGGCGGAUUACAAUGGCAGGUUGGCAGCUGAAAUUGAUGAUAGAAAACAACUAAAUCAGAUGUUAUCAGAUUUCUUACGAUUCCAAAAAGAAAUCCUGUCAGAGAAAGAACAAACAUUGGAAGAAUACAAGCGCAAAUUAACAGGUGUGUCCCAGGUACGGAAAGAACUCAAGUCACGCAUCCAGAGCCUCCCUGAUCUGUCUAGGCUUCCCAAUGUUACAGGAAGUCAAGUGCAUCUACCGUUUGCAGGGGAUGUCUAUAGUGAUGAGUGAUACUCAGAUCUUUCACUGGAAUGAGGAAUUGGUUAGGUUGAAUGCUCAUUAUUUUUAUAUAUGUUUGCAGAGAAUAGCACUGAAAUGUUCUAAUUUAUAUUGCUUUGUUAAUAUUUGAUUAAUAAGUGAUAAAGCAAGUACUAUGUAAGAGGCAGCAUUUAUGUAUUAUGUUAAAAAAGUGAUUAUUGCAAUUAAUUUUUCUAUUCUUUUUGAUUAAAUCUUGCCCUCAAUAAUAAGCAGCCUCUUUUUUUCUGGUCCUUUUUAUGGAUAUAAUUCUGUUAAACAUAAUUUGUGCAUACCAGUAGCAGAAACAUAUUUUGAUUGCUAAAUAUUUGAAGAAUAAAUAUUUUUUUAAAUGUUGAA